UUCAGCACCCCCCAGAGGAGGGGCUCGGUGCAGCAGCUGCUGCAGUCCUACCAGCGGCUCCCGGGGAACGCGCUCCUGCGCGGGUUCCGCGUCAGCUACAAACGCCACGUGCUCACCAUGGACGACCUGCAGACCCUCUACGGCCCCAACUGGCUCAACGACCAGGUGAUGAACAUGUACGGGGACCUGGUCAUGGACGCCGUGCCCGACAAGGUGCAUUUCUUCAAUUCCUUCUUCUACGACAAACUGCGCACGCGCGGCUACGAGGGCGUGCAGCGCUGGACCAAGAACGUGGACAUCUUCGGCAAGGAGCUGCUGCUGAUCCCCAUCCACCUGGAGGUCCACUGGUCCCUGGUGGCCGUGGACGUGGCCCGCAGGACCAUCACCUACUUCGACUCCCAGCGCACCCUCAACCGGCGCUGCCCCAAGCACAUCUGCCGCUACCUGCAGGCCGAGGCCGACAAGAAGGAGCGGCCGGACUUCAGGGAGGGCUGGAGAGGAGCCUUCAAAAUGAACGUCGCCCGGCAGAACAACGACAGCGACUGCGGCGCCUUCGUGCUCCAGUACUGCAAGUUCCUGGCGCUGGGGCGCCCGUUCAGCUUCACGCAGCAGGACAUGCCCCACCUGCGCCGCCUGAUGUACAAGGAGCUCUGCCACUGCCAGCUCGCCCUCUGAGCCCCCCAAAAUCCAAACCUGGGACCCCCAAACAUCCCCAAAAAUGGGGAAAAUAAAAAAAACCCGGAGGAAAUGCGAAA